AUGCCAUUGUGUAUUGCAAGAAUUACCGGAGUUCCAGAGCCGCCAGCUCCACCAGGUGGUGCUCCCCGCUACGUCAGUGCUGCUCUGGCAGGAGAUAUUCCUCUCUGUUGGCCUAGUGUGGAGGCCAUCCUCCGGGAUAACUACCGUGACAUCCCAGUGGCCUGCGGGAACCGGCUGGCUGUCAAGAGCGUGGAGGUUCUGUUCUGCUGGCUCUGGGAAUGGCGAGAUGGCCGGUUUCAACGAAAGGGCUGGGAUUAUAAGCCGUACCGCAUGCUGUAUCAAAAGAGUUUUGAGAUCAUUACCCUCGUUCAAGGUAAGGAUGCCACCCGUCAGUGGAAACAGUCCCUCCGGACCUCUUUUAUUCAGAGCCACUGGCUGCUUUCGUACCCACAAAGCCAAGGCUUUAUGCGGAAAGAUAAGGAAACAGGGCAGUUUUUGUGGCGGUCCAGUGUCCACCGAAGGCCUGGCUCGCUACUAUCGGCAGCUAUACGGUCCAUUGCCUCCUGUGCUUCCAACAUCAUCCAUAAAGCAUCACCCACGAACUCAUUGGCAGCGGGCGGAGAUUUCAUUGGAUUUUAUAAAGUAUAA